AUGGCUGAUCAAAAUUCUACGAAAACAAGCCUAAGUGAACUUAUUUCUUGGCGUUUAUUAAAAAAAAACCCAUCUGGGGCGAUAGUAUGGGGAAUUUUUGGUGUCGCGUUGGUUAUGGAUGGAUUUUUUUAUCUUCACUUUUUGAGGCGUAAAGAAUAUCAAGUUGACCACAAAAAACGUAUGUGGAAUGAACGUCUUGAAAUGCUGGAGAAUCCUGUCAAAAUGAAAUUAUACUACCCAUCAAAGGAGUUAGUGCCAAAAAUAAGUCAACCAUUAAUAGAUAUUUACAAAAAAAUGAAACAUGAAGAAGACCAAAGGCUUAAACAAAUUGAAAAUUGCAUUCGUUCAAUUAAUGUUAAAAAAUAA